GCUGGCGAUCGAAGUCUAGCACAGAAAAGGCAAACAAAAACAGAAAGAUUUGACCCGUGAGCCGUCUUUUCCAGUCUAAAGUUCUGCAUGCUGUUUUAAGUCUUAAGUGUCGCUUAUUUUCCGACAAGAAAGUGGUAGUUGGUGCGUGUUUAAAAAAAAAAAAAGAAAGAAAACCAAGGUUUCAAAUUACGAUUGUUGUCACAGGCCUCCAUUGUAGAAAGGAGUGGCCGAUCUGCCGGUGUGUCCUUUAAAGCAGCUGCCUGAAUAUUAAAGGGUUAGACAGCGACCCUGGAAAAGUAAAGUGUACGGAGACUUGUGUGUCUUGUGGUGUCGCUUCGCCGUGCUAUAAUAUGCGUUUACACAGACACGCUUAGUUUUAGUACGUUUGGGAAAAACGAUCCGUCUUAUUCCAAAAGAAAUCACGGUGAAGCAAAACAUUUCCCGACAAGACAGAAACCAACACUGGACGCAGUGUCAAUGUGCUCAAAACUACCCCGGGCCAAUCAGCAACGCGUAUAAAACUAUAUACAGGUUUUCUACUGUUCUAAUCAGGCGAAGGCACCAUGGAGAAGUGCUACUAUGAUGAGUCUAUUGAGUUCUUCUACAACCACAGCACCAAAACCAUCAGCUCUGAAUGGCGGGCAAGGGACCGGCUGGUGGUUGGUCUGGGCCUUACUGUCAGUAUCAUUGUCCUUCUAACAAAUGGACUGGUAAUGGCAGCCAUCAUCAUGAACAAACGAUUCCACUUUCCCAUCUACUAUCUUCUUGCCAACUUGGCAGCUGCCGACCUUUUUGCCGGUCUCUCCUACAUGUUCUUGAUGUUCCAUACUGGACCCUGGACGAGGAAUCUCACCCAAAAUAUGUGGUUUUUCCGCCAGGGCUUGCUAGACACCAGCCUGUCUGCCUCUGUAGCGAACCUUCUAGCUAUUGCUGUGGAGCGACACAAAACUAUCUUCACAAUGCAGCUCCACAGCAAGAUGACAAACCAGCGGGUGACCAUUCUCAUUGCAUUUAUCUGGAUCUCAGCUAUCCUUCUGGGCCUGGUCCCAAGUAUGGGCUGGAACUGUCGAUGCCAUCUUUCAACUUGCUCCAACAUGGCACCCAUCUAUAGCCGUAGCUAUCUUAUCUUUUGGGCUGUUCUGAACCUUCUAACUUUCUUUAUCAUGGUGGUAGUAUACUUGCGCAUCUUCAUCUAUGUCCGCAAGAAGACAACUCGCAUGUCCCAGCACACAACCUAUUCAAAGCAGAAGGAAACAGUGGUGAACCUUAUGAAGACGGUGACAAUCAUUCUGGGUGCAUUUGUGAUCUGCUGGACCCCUGGCCUGGUUGUCCUCUUACUUGACGGCGUCUCUUGCAACUGUAAUGUCUUGGAGUAUGAGAAGUAUUGCCUGGUGCUGGCAGAGUGCAACUCGCUAGUCAAUCCCAUCGUGUACUCCUACCGGGAUGCUGAAAUGCGCAAGACCUUCAAGCGUAUCCUGUGCUGCCAGUUCGGCCAACAGAAAGCCCCCAAAUCUGUGAGGUUCAACACGCUGGAGCAGGAGAUGAUUUCAGACAAUGGGCACAGCCACUCGAGCUCGGUGCUCUAGAGGAUCGGGGUCUGGACUGGACAGCGCCACCAGCUGGAGGAAUCUAAAUAUUCUAUGCAUUCAUAACAGAUGUGACAGCCCCGGCCCACAUUUCUUACAAUAUGAUUGUGACGUGUGAGCCGUACGGGACCGCGUGUGCGACUUUUCCAUCUCGCCCAGUGCACGGCCUGCCCUGCUUUCCUCCCCACAUAUGGAUUUCUCUACAAAGCCUUCCAAGAGAAAGGGGUCUGUUGGCAUUCUUGCCUGCCCCAGGGACUCUCAAAAUGGCUCAGGCACCACCUGUGGGAAAGCAUACUGUGGUGUUUCGUAAUGAAGAAAAACAAAUGCUUAGGACUAACAGGAAAAUGGAAUUCCUUUAUAAAAAGAGAAAAGUUCUAAUGAUGUACAGUAUCUCCAUUUGUAGGGUUAACACACCUGCUUAUUGCCAGGCUGCCUAAAUAAAGCAUCUGCUGGUAGA